GGGCCAUUCGGUCCAUUUGCACUGUUCCACGGACAAGCGGUCUUCUCCAGUUUCCUGCACGUCUGAGCUCCCCCGCCGUCGCUCGGGCUGUCUCCUUCGCGCCUGGCCGCUGUGUUCCCACCACACCUCCCGAAUCCGACUGGCCCCGUGCCAUGGCAGAGGCCGUGGUGACCACGGCCUUCGGGCAGGCGGUAAUCGGGCCGCCGGGCUCGGGGAAGACCACUUACUGCCUGGGCAUGAGUGAGUUCCUGCGCGCGCUUGGCCGGCGCGUGGCCGUGGUGAACCUGGACCCGGCCAACGAGGGGCUGCCGUACGAGUGCGCCGUGGACGUGGGUGAGCUGGUGGGGCUGGGCGACGUGAUGGACGCGCUGCACUUGGGCCCCAACGGCGGCCUCCUCUACUGCAUGGAGUACCUGGAGGCCAACCUGGACUGGCUGCGAGCCAAGCUCGACCCCCUGCGCGGCCACUACUUUCUCUUCGAUUGUCCGGGCCAGGUGGAGCUGUGCACGCACCACAGCGCCCUGCGCAACAUCUUCUCCCAGAUGGCUCGGUGGGACCUCAGGCUGACAGCCGUGCACCUGGUGGACUCUCACUACUGCACAGACCCGGCCAAGUUCAUUUCAGUGCUGUGCACCUCCUUGUGCACCAUGCUGCAUGUGGAGCUGCCUCACGUCAACGUCCUGUCCAAGAUGGACCUCAUUGAGCACUACGGGAAGCUGGCCUUCAACCUAGACUACUACACGGAGGUGCUGGACCUGUCCUACCUGCUUGACCACCUGGCUUCAGACCCCUUCUUCCGCCACUACCGCCAGCUCAAUGAAAAGCUAGUGCAGCUCAUCGAGGACUACAGCCUGGUCUCCUUCACCCCUCUGAACAUCCAGGACAAGGAGAGUGUCCAGCGAGUUCUGCGGGCCGUGGAUCAGGCCAACGGCUACUGCUUCGGGGUCCAAGAGCAGCGCAGCCUGGAGGCCAUGAUGUCUGCAGCGGUGGGAGCUGACUUCCACUUCUCCUCCACACUGGGUAUCCAGGAGAAGUACCUGGCACCGUCGGAGCAGCCGGUGGAGCAGGAAGCCAUGCAGCUUUAACGGGCUGGGGCCUGGGAGGCCGAUGCACAGCCCAGCCCAGGGAAGGCAGAGACUGCCACUGAGCAACGGACAUCCCGGCCGACACAGACCCUGGAGCAGUCCUCCAGGUCGGAGCUCAGGGGGCUGGCACGGGGACACUCAGCUCUACGAAAGGCUUCAGCCAAAGUCGUGUGUGGCACCAAGCCAAGCCCCUCACAUUCUCAGCCAAGCCCGGGAGCCAUGGGCCCUGCCACCAGGAGUUGAACACUGCCCCACCGUGAGCUGUGCUGGCAAGUACUGUGGUGUACCAGUUUACUUCAUGUUUGUUUGUGGCUGCCAAACUUCUCUUCCAUCCUCCAGGCUCAGGGAAUUGGGGGCGGGAAGGGGUGUCUCCCUCCCCUACAAGUGUCCCAUCCUACGUGCAGAUCUGUGUUGGCUCAAGCACCAAAUUUGCCAUACUAGAGGAUUUUUUAAAAACAUUAUUUAUUUGAGAGACUCCAGCAGACCCCUUCUGCCUGCCUACUACAGCCAGAGCUGGGCCAGGCUAAGGCUGGGGCCCAAGAACUCAGUCCAGGUCUCUCAAGGAUCCGAGUCGGCGCCUGCUGCCUCCCGGGGCUCGUUAGCAGGAGUGGUCAAACGCCAACCCACAAAACUCAUCUUUAUGCCACUCCCCACCCUGAACACUAGAGGGCCGAACGUCUCCAGUUGUGUACUUUUGUUCAUCUCCCCUUGUGAUGAUGAGUCUCAAGUUUGAGCCUUUCCCGGCAGCAUGUCCUAACGAAGUUUUGUUUUAUUAUUCCACAGUUUUACUCUUUUUGGCAGGUAUCUGUCAGUUUCCACUUAGCACACCGAUUAAAAAUGUGCUUCAAAAAUUAUAUUU